AACCUCUUCCACAAAACAAACUGCACUUGAAACUUCACAUUGAAAAUGUGUUUAAGGCACAACAUCUGUUCACAUUCCUUUAAUAUAACUUAUAUAUGUCUAUAAUUUAACUCGAGUUCAUAGCCAAACAAACGGUGUAUAUGGUUCGGUCCACGUGGUUGGUUUGAGGAAUCGAUCCAGUCUCUGUCUUGCAGCGUGCAAACUCAGGCAGUCUUCUCUAGCUGUGGACCAGGAAAGCACACCUGGACGUGGGCUCCGACAGUGACACGGCUAACUAAGCCACUAUCUAAAAACGAUUCAAAUUGUUGCCAUGGCCGAACGUGUUCUGGUGAUUGGCAAUGGUGGGCGUGAACAUGCCCUAGCUUGGAAACUGGCACAAUCGCCACACAUCCAGAAGGUCUUAGUGGCACCGGGGAAUGCAGGCACCGACAACUGUGGAAAGAUCUACAACUCUGAGGUGUCUGUGAGUAACCACUCUAUUCUGGCUCAGUUCUGUAAGGAACAUAGUGUGGGACUGGUGGUUGUUGGACCCGAGCUUCCUCUGGCAGCAGGUAUGGUUGAUGACCUGCAGGCGGCAGAUGUUCCAUGUUUUGGCCCGUCAGCAAAGGCUGCCCAGCUGGAGGCCAGUAAGAGUUUCUCCAAGGCUUUCAUGGAUCGCCACGGCAUCCCAACUGCCCGCUGGGGCUCUUUCACUGACCCAGAGGAGGCCUGCAACUACAUCCGCACGGCCACCUUUCCUGCUCUUGUGGUGAAGGCCAGUGGCUUGGCAGCAGGAAAGGGUGUCAUUGUGGCCAAGGACCAAAACGAGGCGUGCCAGGCUGUUGUCAACAUCAUGAAGGACAAAACGUUUGGCUCUGCUGGGGAGACAGUGGUGGUGGAGGAACUCCUGGAGGGAGAGGAGGUGUCUUGUUUGUGUUUCAGUGAUGGCUCCAGUGUGUCCCCCAUGCCCCCGGUUCAAGACCACAAACGCCUGCAGGAUGGGGACCUUGGACCCAACACAGGUGGCAUGGGGGCUUACUGCCCCACCCCUCAGGUGUCUCAUGAGCUGCUUCAGCAGAUCAGAGAAACUGUUCUCCAGAAGACUGUGGAUGGCAUGAGAGAAGAGGGUGCCCCCUAUGUGGGUGUGCUUUAUGCUGGUCUGAUGUUGACCAAGCAGGGGCCCAAAGUCCUGGAGUUCAAUUGUCGCUUUGGUGACCCUGAGUGUCAGGUGCUCAUGCCCUUGCUGAAGAGUGACCUAUAUGAGGUGCUGCAGAACACCCUGCAGCGAAAUUUGGCUUCCUGUGCCCCCUCAUGGUGCCAGGAAAGCUCUGCAGUUACUGUGGUUAUGGCCAGCCCUGGAUACCCUGGUUCCUAUAAGAAAGGUGUUGAGAUCAUGGGUCUGUCUCAAGUCGAAGAGAGGGGGGUGCAGGUGUUCCAUGCCGGCACGGUGCUGAAAGAAGGGGCUGUGUUGUCUAGUGGAGGGCGUGUCCUCACUAUCACUGCGGUGAGGCCGUCGUUAGAGACUGCCCUCCAUGCAGCCAAUCAUGGUGUGGCGGCUGUGGGAUUCCCAGGUGCCGUGUACCGACGUGAUAUUGGCCACCGAGCCAUCGCCCAUCUCACCCAGCACAGAGGUCUGACUUAUAAGGACAGCGGAGUGGACAUCACUGCGGGCAACCGAUUGGUGGAAAUGAUCAAGCCGUUGGCCAAGGCCACGUCUCGCUCUGGGUGUAACUCUGAGCUGGGGGGAUUCGCUGGGCUUUUUGACCUGAAGAGUGCAGGCUUUAUCGACCCCAUCCUUGUUUCUGGGACAGAUGGAGUGGGGACCAAGCUCAAGAUUGCCCAGGCAUGCCAGCAGCACAACACUCUGGGACAGGACCUGGUGGCCAUGUGUGUCAAUGACGUGCUGGCCCAUGGGGCAGAGCCUCUCUUUUUCCUUGACUACUUCUCCUGUGGAAGGUUGGAUGUGGGUGUGGCCUCUGCUGUGAUCGGUGGUGUGGCCGAGGCCUGUCGGUUGGCGGGCUGCGCUCUCCUAGGUGGUGAAACGGCGGAGAUGCCAGGCGUGUAUGGUCCCGGCGAGUACGAUCUGGCUGGUUUCUGCGUGGGGGCGGUGGAGAGAGGCGCUCUUCUCCCGAGGCUGGAGGACAUCUGCGAGGGGGACCUGCUCAUAGGGGUGGCAUCCUCUGGGGUACACAGCAACGGAUUCAGCUUGGUCCGGAAGGUCUUAGAGAGGGCUGGGGUCACCUACAGCUCCCCUGCUCUGUUUGGGAAAACAGGACAGACUGUUGGCGAGGUUCUACUGACACCCACUAAGAUCUACAGCCGCCUGCUUCUGCCAAUCCUACGCAGCGGAGCCAUCAAGGCCUAUGCCCACAUCACUGGGGGUGGCCUACUGGAGAACAUUCCAAGAGUGCUGCCACAGGAACUCGCCGUUGACAUGGAUGCAUCCCGAUGGACCAUACCCCCUGUGUUCUCAUGGCUGCAGAAGGAGGGAGGCCUGUGCGAGGAGGAGAUGGGGCGCACCUUCAACUGCGGCCUGGGGGCCGUACUGGUAGUUGCCUUUCCGGAUGCCCAGAGGGUCCUGAGGCAGAUCCAAGCCCAUGAGGAGGCCUGGGUAGUGGGCUCACUGGCCUACAAGCAGCCAGGGGCCGAGCCAGUGGUGAUCAGGAACUUGCAGCACAGCCUAUGUGUAGGUACCUCUUCCUCUUUAGUAGACUUUGGGCCCCUGCAGAAUGGAGCAUCUUACACCAGCAGCAACAUCCCCCGCAAAAGGACCAAGGUUGGGGUCCUCAUUUCAGGCACAGGUACCAACCUGCAGGCUCUGAUGGAGCAGGCCAAGAAAGCAUCCAGCUCGGCUGAGAUCGUAGUGGUCAUUUCCAACCGGCCGGGUGUGUUUGGCCUUAAGAGGGCCUCUCUGGCUGGCAUCCAGACACGCGUGGUGGACCACAAGCUGUACGGCAGCAGGGCAGAGUUUGACGGAACCAUUGACCGCGUGCUAGACGAGUUUGGUGUGGAAGUGGUCUGUCUCGCUGGCUUCAUGCGGAUCCUCACGGGUCCCUUUGUCAGGAAGUGGAACGGAAAACUGCUCAACAUUCAUCCAUCCCUACUGCCCUCCUUCAAGGGGGUGAAUGCUCAGAAGCAGGCUCUACUGGCAGGGGCACGUGUUACUGGCUGCACCGUUCACUUUGUGGCUGAAGAGGUUGAUGCUGGAGCCAUCAUUGUGCAGGAGGCGGUUCCAGUCCUGAUGAAUGACACUGAAGAGAGCCUAUCGGAUCGUAUCCGGGAGGCGGAGCACCGGGCCUUUCCAGCCGCCCUGGAACUGGUGGCCGGGGGGGUCGUGAAAUUGGGGGACGACGGGCAGAUUAUCUGGAACACCAACCCACAGGGCUAAACACUAUCCAGCACAGUACCAAUACCUUGGCAUCCAAUUCCCAAUAUACCUUACACCCCAUACUCAAAACACCCUAGCCCCGACCUCAAACAUGGUUUAACAGAUCUACAGAAUAAAUGGACUGCUGCGCACUAACAAAUAGCCUUUUGCUGAAAACAGGAGAUAUUUCGCUAAAACCACUAGGCUUACUAUGGCAUUCUUUGUACACAAUUUACUCUCAUUUGUACCCAGAUACAUUCACCCUUGUGUCACUGUAGAAAUUACAGAAAACAAACAUUCCUGUUGUCCAUGUGGUAGGAGUAUAUUAUAAUGAGAAAAUGUUAGUAGUGUUUUAUUUUGUUAGACGUUUGCAUGAAAGGUCAGUUUGCAAUGCUAAAUGGGCAAGUCUUUGUUGUAGUACAAUUAUCCUGAAAUUGUUCACUUUAACUUUAUUGAUGACACAAACUGUGAAAUUACUUCCUUCUGUUACUAUAAACCUCCACUGUGGAUCAAGUAUUUCUUUGUUUUUUAUCAGCAAACCAGUGUGGGCUUAAUCAGUACAAAAUUAAAGUAAUUCUGAUCA